GCGAGGCACCACAGCAUCCCUUAUUCCUCUUUUUCCCUUCCUUUCUCUCUCUGUCUAAUCAAAAAGGGGUUCUCAAACGCGCCGAGCCUUCCUCACCGCCUCCGACUCUCCGAUCCCUCUUCGACUUGGUUUAUGAGCUCGAAGGAGAGACCCACUCUCGGUGGCACGCGGAUUAAGACCCGCAAACGGAAUAUUGCAGCGCCGCUGGACCCUGCAGCUUUUGCGGAUGCAGUGGUCCAGAUUUAUCUGGAUAAUGCUGGUGAUCUGGAACUUAUUGCCAAGAGCAUUGAAUCUUCAGACCUUAACUUUUCAAGAUACGGUGACACCUUUUUUGAGGUUGUUUUCACUGGGGGCCGUACACAACCUGGAACAACAAAACCUGAUGAGGGGGAGCGCCACCCUUACUCUGUACUAGAGUCUGAGCCUAGACGUGAAGUCAUUAUACCAUCUGUUAUCUACAUACAAAAGAUUUUGAGGCGGAGGCCAUUUCUGAUAAAGAAUCUCGAAAAUGUCAUGCGACGUUUCCUUCAGUCAUUGGAGCUUUUUGAGGAAAAUGAAAGGAAGAAGCUGGCAAUUUUCACAGCACUUGCAUUCUCUCAGAAGCUAUCAGGACUUCCACCGGAAACGGUGUUCCAGCCAAUGCUCAAGGAUAAUCUUGUUGGCAAAGGGCUAGUUCUAUCGUUUAUAACUGAGUUCUUCAAGGAGUAUCUGAUUGACAAUAGCCUUGAUGAUUUGAUUUCGAUUCUGAAACGGGGUAAAGUGGAGGAUAAUCUUCUGGACUUCUUCCCAGCCGCAAAGCGAACUGAGGAGAGUUUCUCUGAGCAUUUCACCAAGGAAGGGCUAGUGUCCUUGGUUGAAUACAAUGAAAAGAAGAUUUUUGAGGUGAAGCUUAAAGAUAUGAAAUCUGCUUUGACAACCCAGAUAACAGAGGAAACUGAUAUAUCUGAAGUCAUAGAAACUGUGAAGCAGCGCGUUAAAGAUGCCAAAUUGCCAGAUGUUGAGGUUGUGCGUAUCCUGUGGGAUGUUAUUAUGGAUGCUGUGCAGUGGUCUGGUAAGAAUCAGCAACAGAAUGCCAACGCAGCUCUUCGCCAGGUGAAAACAUGGGCACAACUGUUGAAUGCCUUCUGCACCAAUGGGAAGCUUGAGCUGGAGCUGAUAUACAAAGUUCAGAUGCAGUGCUAUGAGGAUGCUAAGCUGAUGAAGCUGUUCUCUGAAAUUGUUAGGUCUCUGUAUGACCAGGAUGUGCUUGCAGAAGACACUAUCCUCCAUUGGUUCCGCAAAGGAACAAAUCCCAAGGGCAGGCAAACAUUUGUGAAAGCUCUGGAGCCUUUUGUGAAGUGGCUGGAGGAGGCAGAAGAAGAGGAAUAGAUGCAGCUGCUGAUGUUGUGAUGCUAUUCACUGCCUGUCGUAUUAUGUCUUAUGUGUUUUUUUUUUUCUAGUUUCAAGAGAAGCAACUCAUAAAUAUUCUAUAUAACCUCCUUGUAAGGUUUGGUGUGCCUUGUAUGAUGAUGAUGAUGAAAUUACAUUAUAAAUAAUUGAUGCUUUCCUUUUA